AUGGCUGCAAUAAGUUUGUUAAAUCCUAAAGCUGAAUUUGCAAGGGCUGCUCAAGCCCUAGCAGUUAAUAUAUCGGCUGCACGAGGUAUCCAAGAUGUAAUGAAAACUAACCUCGGGCCGAAAGGCACAAUGAAAAUGUUAGUUUCGGGUGCGGGUGAUAUAAAAAUUACUAAAGAUGGAAAUGUUUUAUUACACGAGAUGCAAAUCCAACAUCCCACUGCAUCCCUUAUUGCCAGAGCUUCUACAGCUCAAGAUGAUGCCACUGGUGAUGGUACAACAUCAACAGUGUUGCUAAUUGGAGAGUUGCUAAAACAAGCUGAAAUUUAUAUUGGUGAAGGUUUACAUCCUAGAAUUAUCACAGAAGGUUAUGAUGUAGCACGUAACAAAGCCUUAGAAGUUUUGGAAUCAAUGAAGAUACCUAUUGAAAUUAAACGUGAAAAUUUGUUGGAUGUUGCUCGAACAUCUUUAAAGACUAAGGUCCAUGCCAAUCUGGCUGAAGUACUGACAGAUGCAUGUGUGGAUGCAGUAUUGGCUAUCCGUACGCCAAACAAGCCCAUAGAUCUUCAUAUGGUUGAGCUGAUGGAGAUGAAACAUAAAACUGCUACAGAGACCACACUUAUAAGAGGUCUGGUAAUGGAUCAUGGUGCCCGUCAUCCUGACAUGCCCAAACGUGUUGAAAAUGCUUACAUCCUGACCUGUAAUGUGUCCCUUGAAUAUGAAAAGACAACUGUUAAUUCUGGUUUCUUCUACAAAACUGCUGAGGACAGAGAGAAGCUUGUUGCGGCUGAGCGUGAGUUCAUUGAUCAGAGGGUUAAGAAGAUUAUUGCAUUAAAGAAGAAAGUUUGUGACGGCACCAAUAAAACGUUUGUGGUGAUCAACCAGAAAGGUAUUGAUCCCCUCUCUCUCGAUGCUUUUGCUAAAGAGGGAAUAAUUGCACUCCGCAGAGCGAAGAGGCGUAACAUGGAACGUUUAGCACUUGCUUGCGGUGGCUCCGCUAUGAAUUCGGUUGACGAUCUUAAUGAAGACUGUCUUGGAUAUGCUGGUCUGGUAUAUGAGCACAUUUUGGGAGAAGAGAAAUACACCUUUGUUGAAGAAUGCAAAAAUCCCCAGUCAGUGACCAUUCUUAUUAAGGGCCCCAAUAAGCAUACCCUGACUCAAAUCAAGGACGCUGUUCGUGACGGUCUCCGAGCUAUAAACAAUGCUAUUGAAGACAAAGCAGUUAUCCCAGGAGCUGGUUCCUUCGAAACUAAAGCCAAUCUAGAACUCCAAAAGUACAAAGACAGUGUUAAAGGCAAGGCACGUCUAGGAAUUCAAGCUUACGCUGAGGCCUUGCUCAUUAUACCUAAAAUACUUGCAGUGAACUCUGGAUAUGAUGCUCAAGAUACUAUUGUCAAGCUGCAAGAAGAGUCUCGCUUAAGUCCUGACCCAAUUGGUCUAGACUUGAGCACUGGUGAAGCAAUUAAGCCGGCAGAUUUGGGUAUUCUGGACAAUUACAUUGUUAAGAAGCAAAUCCUGAAUUCUUGCUCUGUUAUAGCUAGUAACCUUCUUCUUGUGGAUGAAAUUAUGAGAGCGGGCAUGAGCAGCCUUAAAGGC